GGAUCUAUAAAAUACGGGGGAAACAACGAAUAAUAGACUACUUUCAAAUAAAACCAAAUCAAAGUCACACCAUGCCAGUGCCAGGAGAUGAACGGACCGCUUUCUUAAUACAUUCUCCUCAAGGGGAGCUCCCGGUGCCUGAUGUGCCCAUCAUGGACCACGUUUUUGAGAGAUUGAGAGAGGGGCUAAAGAAAUGGCCGCAGGACAAAGAAUGGAUCGUUGACAUUCCUUCCGGGCGAAGCAUCAAAUUGUCCGAGGUCGAGUUAAAUUCGUACAAAAUUGCAAGUGCUUUUUCAAGAAUGGGGCUGAAGCACGACGACUUUGUAUAUUUCGUCACUUACGAAUUAGCCCAGUUUUACCAAAUUCAAGUUGGACUGUUUUUGCUUGGCGCGGCAGUCCGAGGUUGCCACCCUUCAGACAAUCCAGAUAAUUACGUCAAGCAGUUGAAACAAGUCGAGGCCAAAUUCGCCAUAGUUGACAGCGAAACGAUUGAAAAGAUAAGGCAGACCCUGAAAAAGAUUGACCACCCUGUAAAAUUAAUCAGCGUGGGCGCCGAAAAACUUGCAGGCACUGUUCACUUCAGUGAAUUACUCAAAGACGACGGCUCUGCUUUCCCUCGGGACGUUGAAAUCGACACCGAAAAUGACGUCGCCAUUGUGAUCAACACGAGCGGCUCAACAGGGGAGCCCAAAGGGGUGGUGCACACUCAAAAAUCGGUGCUCGCUGGAAUGUUUGGAAUCGACAAAGUUCUUCAAAUAAAAGAGUCUAUGAUGGAGUUCAUGACAAACUAUGGUGUCAUCUCAAAUAGCGCUUUGCUGUACAACCUUUGCCACGGAGUGACAACUUUCCACUUCACCAGUUUUCAAAAGGAGCACCUCAUUGAAAACAUGCUGAAAUACAAGCCCGAAUGCAUAAUUUUGUAUCCCUACAUCGCGGCUUGGCUUUCAAAACAAACAAAAGAAUUGGAGCUGAUAAAUCAGCUGGAUUUUGUGCGCACAAUAUUAGUUGGUGGCUGGGUUUUGGACACUCACUGCUCGGACGUCCUGUCCGAAGCUCUCCCCAAUACUCAGAUCAAACCUAUUUACGGCAUGUCCGAGGCGUUUUGCAUCACUAUGCCUCAGAGUGGGCCACAAACAGAAAAGAUAAAACGAUGCGUCAAUGAGGGCAAAGUUUACACGUCAUCUGGACCUCUCCUCCAAAACGUUCAGUGCAAAGUGCUGGAUCUUGAAACGCGAAGUGAAGUUGGACCUUAUCAGAGAGGUGAAAUUUUAAUUAAAACACUAUCUUUAAUGGCAGGCUAUCUGGUGGCACCAGGCAAACCGUAUAAUAGAGUUAGUUUCACCGACGACGGAUGGAUGUGCACUGGUGACUUGGGUUUUUACGACGACGAUGCGCAUCUUUACGUGGUGGAGAGACUGACCUUCGUCUACAAGCACAUGUGUCACUUUGUGUCUCCGAGCGAAGUCGAGUCCCUCCUUCUUGAGCACCCUGACGUUCUGCAGGUGGGCGUCGUCGCCCUGCCAGACCCUGAGGUUGAGUCCCUGGCAGUUGCAUACGUCGUCAAGAGACCUGACAGCGAAUGCACCGAGGACAAACUGGUCAAGCACGUCGCCGACAGGGCACCGUUUUUCAAACACCUGCACAGGGGGGUUAAAUUUGUAGACGCUCUGCCCAUCGGCCUCGGAGGGAAGAUGGACAGGAGCACUUUGCGGAAAAUCGCUCUACAGGAAUACAGUUUCUAAACUUUUUUCUUAUGUAAAAAAAUACAAUUGUUUUUAUGCAUAUGUAAAUCCUCAUUUUAUGUACUGG